CAAACACCACCAAUCCUGGUCAACUGUAGCAACAAUAAAUAACCUCUCGCGACGUCCCUAAUUACCUCGAGGGACUUUUCUACGCGGCCUUCUUCAGAUUGCGCACAUCAGCAUUACCACAACUCAUCGCGACAAAACACACAAUGGCACCCGAACCUCCUCCACCUUUCCCAGUCGCAACAAACCGCGAUGCAAUCGCAAACACACUUUCACUCCUCCUCGCCUCCAGGACAUCCAUCGGGAAAUCUAUGCCCCUUAGUCGUGAUUUACCGCGCAAGCGACGCACUCUACCAGACGACAACGAUGACGAUCUUACCCGUGGCGCACGACCAAACGAAGGAUUAGGCUAUGUUCCUGAGAAGAAAGAUGUUCAGAAGUUUGCAAACUCAAAAGAGGAGAAGAUGUUAAGGGGCAGAUUGAACAAAGAUGCCAAGGGCAAUCUCAAGAAGAAGGUUGAGGAGAGUGAGAGUGAGGAUGAAGCUGGACGAAGUGCGCUAGGGAAAAGAAAGAGGCCUCGGAAGGAGAAGGAGAUUGAACCGGGGCCGGAGUCUGAGAAUCAGACUGCUCCUGUUACACCUGAGGAUAAGGAGGAGAACGAAAACGGGGAAGAGGCCGAGGUGGAUGUGAAUAUGAAAGACGCUGCAACACAGGAUGAACCUAGUUUGGGCGAUGGGCAGACAGAAAAGAAGCGGAAGAAGAAGAACAAGAAAAAGAAGAAGCAAAAGACAGCAAAUGCGGUGGCAGAGGUAGAGGCAGAGGCAUAAGAACAUUUAUAUCAGUUUUACAUCAAGAUACCCACCCAAUAGACAUAAACUUGACAACA